UGAAGGGUUUCAUUAUCGUACUUUCUACACCCAGAUACAUUUCGACAUAGUUUGGUCACCCAGAUUGUUUCAAAAUUAAAGUAAAAUAUUGGUAAAAUGAGGUCGAUGGAAUCCUCCCGUAAGAAGCGAAUUGUGCCACUUUCAGCGGAUUUGCUAAGGGACAUCAUGACCCACGGGAAUGAGUAUCAAACGCCAAGUGGAAGCUAUAAAGAGGUGGAGCCAGUGGGUGAUACCAGAGCAGCCUGUCGAUCUGGGGCAACCCAUUCCCCACAAUCCCCUCCACCUGAUACGAGGCGACGCACUGAAGGACUUGCCGAUGGACCCAUUGUGGUGAAUCCUCCCGUUGCAAUUGCCUUCCUCCCCAGAUCCAAAUCCAAAAAGCAGAAGCCGAUUGUUAAGGAGCAAAAGGAAGAGGUCAAGGAAUCAUUGGUUGAGCUCUGGGUGAGGGAUCCCCCUGCCAAAAUAGUGGCCCAAAAGGUUCGCCGAUCCUUUGCCCCGGAUAGAGGAAGUUCGGAAGAGCUGACACCCAGUGGGAUGUGGACCAAAAUGGAGACACGCAUGGAAUCCUUGGAGAAUGAAGUGCUCGAACUGCGGAAGUUGUUGUCAAUCCAGACCAGCUCCGAUCAGAAUGAAAAGCCCAUCGGGGGCGGGUCACACGGCUUAAAUCGAUCGCAGUCCACUCUGUCGCUGGGCUUCAAGUCGAGCUCUGACCUGAGGCGCACCCAUUCCUCGAGUGAAUUGCAUCUGCGAGAUGGGCAGUCCAAGAGGCAGCUGUACUGCGACAUGCAGAUGCACCUGGUCAACAUGAUAGUCGUGCCCAAGUCACGCACCUCGCUGCUUCUCAACCAGCGAAAGGAGCUGAACUCCCACUUGGGCGGAUGCCUGGGCCAUUGGCGGCAUCAGUACUCGGAUGAGGAUUGGUUGCGGGACUUCGAGGCGGCUGUCUUCCUCAAUAGAAACUCCGCCGAGGCCGAGAGGCGCUCCAAGAAUGUGCGUCGUCAGUGAAAGUAAAAGAUCUCUUGGCUUGCCUCCGAAACAAAA